GAAUUUUUCGGUUUUUUGUUUGUAAAUUCAAUAAGUGCUUGUAAAACCCUAUUACUAAAAAUAAUAAUAAUAAUGAUAAUGGCAAAUGAUUUUAAUGAAUCACAAGAAUUAAUUAUUAUUCGUAAUCGUAAACAACAUUUAAAAAAUUUAUUUCAUCAUUCGCAUCAAAUGGCAACAACCGCAUUAACCGCAACAACGUUUCCGUCAAACGCAACAAUGGAACAUGAACGUUCAACUAGUCGUAGUUCAUCUGCAUCAUCAAUUUCAUCAACAACAUCAUCCGCAGCAUCAUCAACAUUAUCAUCAACAAUAAUCGAUCCUGGUUGUGAUGAUAAAAUUGAAACAUUGAAUUCUUCAUCAUCGACGACGACGACAAUUUUCAAUGAUAAAAUGAUGCCAAGUCCAAAUAAACGUCUUUGUAAUGAUUAUAAUCGUCUGAAAAUUGAAUAUGAUCAUCAUCAAUCGCAACGACCAUCGAAGAAUAAAGAAUCGAAUCGAAUCGAACGACAAUCAAUCGAUAAUGAUGAUAUAACAUUUACCACCGAAAAGUGCAAACCAAUACGAUCAUUUUUAAUUAAAGAUAUUCUUUCACCAAGCGAUGAUGAUAAUAAAUUCUUUGAUAAUCAAAAUAGUGGCAAUAAAUUAACACGUUCCCCGCAACAACCAUCAUCAAAGAAUUUCAUUAGGCCAUGGGAUAAUGUUGUUCUUAUGGAUAAUUCAUCAUCAUCAUCAACAUCAACAACAUCGGCAACAUCAGCGACAUUAAACCCUACUGCAAAUUAUCUACAACAAUUAAAUAUGGCAUCAACAUUUAUACAAAGUAUACAAUAUAAUGCUGCAUUAAAUUCUGUUAAUGGUGGCGGUGGCGCUGUUGGCCAAUUACAUCCAAAUCCAUUAGCAUUAUUUGCACAUAAUUCAUAUCAUGGUGCGUUAUCCGCAGCAGCGGCUGCGGCCGCUGCCGCAGCUGCCGCCGCAAAUGUAACAACAGCGACAACAACAACAUCAUCAUCAUCACCAUCAUCAUCAUCAUCGAUCGUUAAUAAUCAUAAUCAUUCAUUUAACCCUCAAUUUAACCAUCAACAUCUAUUUAAUCAUCAAUUUAACCAUCAUCAUCAUUCAUAUAAUAAUCAUCGAAAUAAUAAUUUAAUUAAAACAAAUCGUCGACCUAGAUCAGCUGAUGAUGAUGAUUAUGAUGAUUUGGAUGAUGAUUUAGAUGAUGAUGAUGAUUGUUUAUCAGAUGAAAGAUCUGAAAGUGAUUCCAAUUCGGAAAGUUUAACAACAAAUAAUUCUGGUUCAAAAAAUCAAAAUAAUAAAAAUAACCAAAAUAACACCGGAUCAUCACCAUUAGAUGCAUUAUUUGAAAUGACAAGUAAAGCAUUCGAUAGAAAUGAUAAUAAUGAUAAAUCUUCUGAUUCAGCAGCCGAUCAUCUAAAUCUAUUCAAUAAUCGUCAACAACAGAUAAAAAAGAAAAGAAAAUCACGAACAGCAUUUACAAAUCAUCAGAUAUUUGAAUUGGAAAAACGUUUCUUAUAUCAAAAAUAUCUAUCACCAGCAGAUCGUGAUGAAAUUGCUCAAUCAUUAGGUCUAACUAAUGCACAAGUGAUUACAUGGUUCCAAAAUAGACGAGCCAAAUUAAAACGUGAUGUUGAAGAAUUGAAAAAAGAUGUUGAUGCUGCUAAAUUGAAUGGUGUACCGGCAAGCAUUCUAGAAAAUAUAACCGAUCUAAAUUUAUUAAAAAAACCGGAAUUAGUUGCAGCAUUACAUCAUCAACAUGCUCAACAUUUACAACAACAACAACAACAACAGCAACAUCUUCAUCAACUACAUCAUCAUCAUCAGCAUCAUCAUCAUCAUUCGAUGACAAAUCCACCAUUACCACCACCAUCAACACCAUCAUCAACAACAACAGCAGCUACCGUAACAGCAUCAGCUUUAUGAAAUUACAAUGUAGAAAUAGUAAUCUUUCAAAAAAAAUUAACCCCGGAUACUCAACAAACAAAAAAAUAUAUAUAGGAAAUACUAAUAAUUUGAUAUUACACACCGAUACACACCAACACCUAUAUCGACAAACACAGAUCAUGCCUUUCAAAAUAGUCUGAAAUCUGACAAUUUUUAGCAUCGAUACAAAACAUAUUUAUUUCAUUUUUUUGAUUGACAAAAUUUGACAUUUUCUGACUAAAAAAAUAAUGAAUUAUUUCACUAAACCCUGGC